AUUUCUGAAUUUUCAUUUAAGUUCUUGCAGGAAUAUGUAAGGCAAGUUCACACACCACGCCACACUCCAUCGACAGUCGCCAGCACUCUGCAACAGUUGCCGCCAACACGCAAACCCCGCGGUACAGACAGCGUACUCGAAAUUUCAUAUCUGGGACAAGUGGCAGCUGCUGGGCGAGCGCUUCAAGAUGUCUUCUUCGGCCAUAUUCGUGCUGGACGUAAAGGGCAAGGUGUUGAUAUCUCGCAAUUAUCGUGGUGACAACAUCGACAUGGCAGUCAUAGAUAAAUUCAUGCCACUGCUAAUGGAGCGCGAGGAGGAGGGGCUCGUCACGCCCAUCCUACAGACGGCGGAGACAACGUUCGCGUACAUCAAGACGAACAACCUGUAUAUUGUGUCUACGACGCCGCGCAAUAAGAACGUCAAUAUUGCCCUGGUCUUUGUUUUUCUGCACAAAAUAGCCCAGGUUUUCGUCGAGUACUUCAAGGAGCUGGAAGAGGAGUCCAUUCGCGACAACUUUGUGAUCAUCUAUGAGCUGCUCGAUGAGCUGAUCGACUUUGGCUAUCCACAGACCACCGACUCAAAGAUACUGCAGGAGUACAUAACGCAGGAGGGCCACAAACUGGAACUGCAGCCCCGCAUACCUGUGGCCGUCACAAAUGCCGUCUCCUGGCGAUCUGAGGGCAUCAAGUAUCGCAAAAAUGAAGUAUUCCUCGAUGUGAUCGAGUCCGUUAACCUGCUGGCCAAUGCCAAUGGCAAUGUGCUGCGCAGCGAGAUUGUGGGGGCCAUCAAAAUGCGUGUCUAUCUGUCGGGCAUGCCUGAGCUUCGGUUGGGCCUCAACGACAAGGUUCUGUUCGAGAGCACAGGACGUGGAAAAUCAAAGUCCGUGGAGCUGGAGGAUGUCAAGUUCCAUCAGUGUGUGCGUCUGUCGCGUUUCGAAAACGAUCGCACAAUCUCGUUCAUUCCCCCGGAUGGAGAAUUUGAGCUGAUGUCCUAUCGCCUUAACACGCAUGUCAAACCUCUGAUAUGGAUUGAGUCCGUUAUUGAGCGACACGCACACUCACGUGUGGAGUACAUGAUCAAGGCGAAAUCUCAGUUUAAGCGCAGAUCAACGGCGAAUAAUGUGGAAAUUGUUAUACCCGUGCCGGCCGAUGCAGAUUCCCCCAAAUUCAAGACGACCAUUGGCAGCUGCAAGUAUGCGCCCGAACAGAAUGCCAUCAUUUGGACGGUGAAAUCGUUCCCUGGCGGCAAGGAGUAUCUGAUGCGAGCCCACUUUGGUUUGCCCAGCGUCGAGAGCGAGGAGAAUACAGAGGGAAAGCCACCGAUACAGGUGCGCUUCGAGAUACCGUACUUUACCACAUCGGGCAUUCAGGUGCGCUAUCUGAAGAUCAUCGAGAAGAGCGGCUACCAGGCCUUGCCCUGGGUGCGGUAUAUAACGCAGAACGGGGACUACCAGCUGCGCACCAAUUGAGGGGCAAUCCACCCACGACAUCCAUUCCAGCCAAGCAGCUUCAGCGAAAGACGUGUCCUUUUGUUUUCGUAGUCUUUAGAUAGAUAGCUUCUUCACCUUCACAUUUACAGCCUGCCAGCCGCCGAGUUAUGCGUUGCUUUAAGUCGAAAGUAUAUAUAUAUAUUUGUGUAUUUGUAUUUUGUAUUGUUUUCAGUAUAUGUAUAUUUUAUGUAAAUCAAAGCUAAUAAAUUUUAACACCUUUUCGUAACACCUA